AUGGCAAAAAUCAAUGACGAAGAGAGACAAGCGUUAUUAAGAAAUGUGGAGAAAAAAAGCAGCAGAAGCCAUCAAUUCCUUGUGACAUUGGCAGCAUUACUUGUCUUUUCAUCUGUAGGCGUAGUUGUGUCACUUUUACAUAAAGAUACUUCAGAACACUCUGUAACUACUCCACAUCUCGUGGUAGGUCAACAGGGCGCUGUUGCUGUUGAAUUGGAGACAUGCUCAGAAGCAGGCCUGAAAAUUUUGAAAAAGGGCGGUAGCGCAGUUGAUGCUGCCAUUGCCUCUGCUCUUUGUAUUGGUGUUGUGAAUAGCUUUGCUACUGGUAUCGGCGGUGGUGGAUUCAUGCUGAUUCGGAAUGGCACCGACUACGAGCACAUUGAUUUCAGAGAGACUGCACCUGCUGCUUCCUAUAGAGACAUGUUUGUGGACAAUCCCAUGGCUGCUCAAAUAGGUGGGCUAUCUGUAGGCGUACCUGGCGAGAUUAGAGGAUUUGAAUUAGCCCAUCAACGACAUGGCAAAGUGCCUUGGGGAGACCUUUUCGAGUCAGCCAUCCAGGUAGCUGAAGGUGGAUUUGAAGUAACAGACUUGCUGUACAGUAAACUCGUGAAAUCAAAAAUCUGGCUCGAAGCAUCUCCUGAAUUUUCCAAAGUGUAUGCACCCUCGGGUAAGAUUGCUCAGCCUGGCGAUAUCAUAAAGCGACCUACGCUCGGCGCUACUUUACGAACCAUUGCAACAGAGGGGCCCAAUGUAUUUUAUGAGGGUACAAUUGCUGAAUCAAUCGUCAAUGCUACACAAGCAGCAGGAGGCAUCUUGACACUGGAGGAUAUGAAGAAUUACAGACCUUUGAUUCGACCUACUAUCAGCACUUGGUAUCACGGACGCAAAGUGAUCACUACAUCCUCUCCCACGAGUGGUCCUGCCCUUUUGAGUGUUUUGAAUAUCAUUGAGCCUUAUCUGUUCAAUGUUACUGGCCCUACACCUUUGAACAUACAUCGUUUUGUUGAGGCCAUCAAAUAUGGAUUCGCAUUCCGUACAGAGAUCGGCGAUCCCGAUUUUCUGGAUAACGAAAAGCGCAUCGAGGAGAUCAUUAGCAAAGAGUGGGCAGAUCAAGUGAGAAAGAACAUGACGGAUGAUAAAACACAUGAUUACAGCUAUUACGAGCCCAAAUAUGAAAGCAAUGACCCUCAUGGAACAAUGCAUCUAUCAGUGAUUGAUAAGGAUGACAAUGCUGUCUCAUUGACUUCGACAGUGAACCUCAUGUUUGGCGCCAAGUUUAUGGAUCCCGUUACAGGCGUCAUUUUGAAUGAUGAAUUAGAUGAUUUCAGCAUCCCUGGUGUUCCCAACAACUUUGGCUUGUAUCCUAGUCCGUACAACUACAUUGAACCUUUCAAGAGGCCCCUAUCCACUAUCACACCCACCAUCAUAGAAGACGAGAAUAACAAUUUAGAGCUCGUCGUGGGCGGUUCUGGUGGAUCCCAAAUUUUGACUGCCACUCUAAAUGUAAUCCUCAAUACCUACGAUUUCCACCAAAACGUGUUUGAAGCUGUCAAGGCCCCUCGUAUCCACCAUCAAUUAAUUCCAAACGAAGUGCAAUUUGAAACAGGAUACAGCAGCGAAGUGCUAUCUGUGCUCACGCAAAAGGGACAUUUGCUUCGUAAUUUGGCAGAGACAGGUACUGUGUCAGCUUCUCAAGCUAUCAGACGUUUCAAUAAUGGUACACUCCAUGCUGCCAGUGAUCCUAGAAAGAAUGGUUUAGCGGCUGCUUAUUAA